AUGGCGGACUCAGCGCCGACAAAGGCCGUUGCGCCAACCAAGCGCAAGGAAAACAAGCGAUUGAUUGAAGCUCAGAAGAAAUAUGGCCGCGGCAAGGCUGUUCAUACCCACAGCGUGCGGGACAAGAAGCUACGAAGUAAUCUGCAAGCUGUCGAGGAAAAGUACAAAGAUGCCGCCCUCCGCGCCAAAGAUGCGGAGAUCCUUAUGGAGCACGAGGCCGGAUUCCUCGAGCCCGAGACGGAGAUGGAAAGGACGUACAAGGUGCGCCAGGACGAGAUCGCAGCAAGUGUCGGGAUCGAGACAGCGAAGAAGAAGUUCGAGUUGAAGCUGGAUGAUUUCGGGCCUUACCGAGCGGACUAUACACGGAAUGGGCGAGAGCUGCUAUUAGCGGGGCGGAAGGGACAUAUCGCGACGAUGGACUGGCGGAAUGGGAAGUUGGGGUGUGAGCUGCAUUUGCGGGAGACUGUGAGGGAUGCGCGGUGGCUGCAUAAUAACCAGUACUUUGCGGUUGCGCAGAAGAAGUCGGUCUAUAUCUAUGAUAGCCAGGGUGUGGAGCUGCACAACCUGGACAGGAUUGUUGAGCCCUGCUUUCUUGAGUUCCUCCCCUACCACUUUCUCCUCGCUUCAGCUCAAAUGAGCGGCCACCUCAAAUACACAGACACAUCAACCGGCCAACUCGUCGCCGAAAUUCCUACAAAGGUGGGAGCCCCAACAUCGCUGGCCCAAAAUCCCUGGAAUGCGAUCAUGCACGUCGGCCACCAAAACGGUACCGUGACCCUCUGGUCUCCCAAUACACAAACCCCCCUCGUUAAAGCCCUCGUCCACCGCGGUCCCGUCCGCUCAAUGGCAAUCGACCGACAAGGCCGUUACAUGGUAUCAACAGGCCAGGACCAGAAAAUGCAAGUCUGGGACAUCCGCAUGUACCGCGAAAUCCAUUCCUACUCUUGCCACCAGCCCGGCGCCGCAGUCUCCAUCUCUGACCGCGGCCUCACAGCCGUCGGAUGGGGCACGCAGGUCAGCGUGUGGCGCGGCCUCUUCGACGCCGCCAGCGCCGACGUCGGCAAAGUCAAGUCCCCCUACAUGUCAUGGGGUGGCGAUGGGCAACGCAUCGAGAACCUCCGCUGGGCCCCCUACGAGGAUAUUCUCGGUGUCGCGCACGACAAGGGCUUCGCAAGCAUUAUCGUCCCCGGUGCUGGCGAACCCAACUUCGACGCCCUGGAAGUCAACCCCUACGAGAACCCCAAGCAACGCCAGGAGGCCGAGGUGCGCGCGCUCAUGCACAAGCUGCAGCCUGGCAUGAUUUCGCUGGAUCCCAGCUUUAUCGGCCGUGUCGAUACCGUCAGCGACAAGCGCAACCGCGAGGAGAAGGACCUCGAUCGUCGGCCCGAGGACCACAUCGAGAAAAUCAAGAAUCGCGGCCGUGGCAAGAACAGUGCGCUGCGGAAGUAUCUGCGAAAGAAGGGGAGGCGCAAUGUCGUCGACGAGAAACUUCUCAAGGCACAGGCCCUGCACAAGGAACGCAUGGCGCGCGCGAAGGAGAGAUACAAGUCCGAGCGGGAGGAGUUGGGGCCUGCCUUGGCGAGGUUCGCGAAGAAGGACCUCUAA